AUGAGUACCGAUAGUGCGAGCAGUACCAAUUUAAUUUUGGGUGUGGAUGACUGUGAACCGGAUUGGGUGAGGAGUAUUGAAAUGACCACUGAUUCUGCGAAUAAACGGAACGAGUCUUUCAUUAAAACAGAUGAUGCGAAUCAGUCGAAAGUAUUCCCCUUUUUUGACAACACUGAGUGCGGAGAUGCAUUGAAUCAUAGCGCAAUAACGAACGCUGGUAAAACAACACGUCCGAAGUUUGAGUUGAGCGAAGAGUUGAUGCCGAUCGAUGCCGAUAUUGACAAGUCGUUCGAAGAGAGAGCGCAGAAAUUGUUAUUGUAUUUGUUCGAACGUGAGCUGCUCGAUCCAGCUCAAUGGUGGGAUGUUAUUUGGCCGGUUAGUCGUCGUGUAUCGGAAAUGAUAAAAAUCGAUAGUGAGGGACGUAAGGAUCACAUCAACAUCCUAAAAUAUGUUCAUAUCAAAAAAUUGUGUGUUCACGAAAAACCGUCGGCAUCA